UGCAAACGUUUCAGAGAUGUCAUAACUUCUUUCAGUAAUAUUUUAUACUUCAUAACCAAUUGUGUGAACAGAGUCCUUGUUGAGUAACUGACUGUGGUUCAGCUGAUAAACAUGUUCAUUGCGUUGUACACAGCUCGAACUUUUAUUACCAUGUUUACAACAACUGUCCACUGGACCCUAUCUUAUGACAGUUCAUUCCAGUAGCCACCCUCACAACUAUUUCCUAAUAUCCAUUCUAAUAUUAUACUCCCGUCUAUAAGUCUGCGUCUCUGUACAUGUAGUUUUUAUAACCAAAAUGUAAUGCGUGCUGCAUAUGUUCCCAUCGUAGGUUCUUUGAUUCGCCUUUAGUAGGUGAAGAAAUUAGCCAAUAAUUCUGGAUUUGAGACUCCUAAGGCGGAAUACGGCAUGUCGAUUUUAGUCUUCUACCCUGAACAUAAAGAUGAUACGUUCCCCCGAAACGGUAGCCACCUACAAGACUACAUGCGAUGAUUUGAAGAUUUUUAAUUCUGUGAAUGAAUUUGCCUCAACCCAUGAUUUUUAGCCAAUCAUGAAAAUUGUAGUAGUUCCUCCCCAAUGAACAGUAAAAUACGGCGAUCGAAUUGAUUCAAGACAAAAAUAUAUAUUCAAAUUUAAAACAUAACCCGCGUCUGCCAGUAAUAAAACUUCAGUAAGCUCUACUAUUAUAUUAUAAAUAUCUUCCUUUGUCAUUAAUGUCAGUUUAUUCAUGAUCCAGAAAAAUAUCGUGUUAACGUUUAGGUAUUAAUAAUAAACGCAUUGAGGGGGUGAGAAUAGAAAAGAAAUUUUAAUCAGUUUAACUGAAGGGGAACUUAGUCGUAGUUGAGAGUGGACUAGGUUUAUCUGUCAUGAGACAGGCACAAGUUGGGAGCUCUUGUGAACACGGUAAUGAGCUUUACGGUUCCAUAACAGACGGGAAAUUUACUGGUCAUCAGUUGUACUAUUAAUUACUCAAUAAAGACUCUGCCACGUGGAUCUAGUUUUUCUUCAGCGAGAUCUUUGAGACCUUAGAUUCAGGUCGAAAGAGUUGGACCCUCCUCUUGGCAGGUUGGUUCGACCCAUAACACACAAGUUUUUCUUCACGGUUGCGCUGUCUAGAAAACUCCGCAGAGAGAUUUUAGCCGUAUUGAACUGUCAGUGGACAUCUUUUCAAACUGUUUAUUUGUAAAGAAAUGUAGCAGGAGUGAACGUAGUGUAAACUGUUUGACAGGCACAAAAUGUUGAUAGUUAAAUGGAACUGAAAUGCCUUGGAAAAAUAGUACAGCAAAGGAAAAUUGUGUGAUGAUGUUACGUAACAUUAGUUCUUGAAGCUCAUCCUGGAAGCAUUGAUGUGUCAGGCGUUGCUCCGGGAGCGUGAUCCGUGGAACAUGAAGAGAUAAGUGGUCAUUCCGUCACUCGAUGUAGGCUGAUGAAUGUGUGCAAAGUUCAGGCUACAACUCGUAGUAGCUGCUAUAAUCUGUAUCUAGUAGAACUUAGUCAUUUGGUAUCAUCGUUACAUGUUUACCAAGCACGUACAGAACGUCACUAAAUGCUGUAUUUUUCAAUGGACGCUGCUUAUUUCCAGACCAUAUUCAGGAUUGCUUAAGCCAAUAAUAUAAAUACGCCAUGCCACAGUUGAAACAGCCACCAUCAUUGGAGUCCAUAGUGCUACAGUCUUUACAAAGAUUUAUUCUGACUCUUGGACAGAAACUACUUGGUAAAGUGUGUUCUGGUACACCAGCCACAGUGCUACCAACCAGAUGGGGCAUGCCUUCUUUUCUUGUGAGAGAGAACUGUUCUAAGAGUUCUGAAUUAGAAGAAUUGCGAUAUUUCUUGCACCCAGGCCUGCCUCUAAACUUGUCAAAUUCAGUUACUUCCGCUGUGUUGGAAGCGAUUGCCACAGUCAUCUCACGCGCAAAGUGUACUUAUGAUGGGUUUUCAAAGAGUGGAGAUGACUGUUGUCGAGAUAUUAUUGAGAACAUGAUCUCCGUCGCACUUCAUGCUCAGGUGGCACGUGUGGAUCUGUUACAAUGGCCAUGGUUUAUAGGGGAGAUACUACUCAAACAUUUGGGCAACUUUCAACAUUUGGAAGUUCUGAAAUUGUGGCCUGGAAGUUGGAGUCCUGUGUGGACCACUGUUGUGGAGAUGCUUGAAAAUGGCCACUGCUUAUUAAACAACCUUGUGUCAUUCAGUAUGAGGUGUCACUGCACUGAUAAAAUCCUACAAGUGCUGGCACAUUCUACCAGACUUCAAUAUCUUGAUGUGAUGUUCUCAGUUGAUGUGACCGACACGUGUGUUAGCUCGUUGCUACAGCUGAAUAACCUAAAGGUAGUGAAUAUGUGUAGUACAUCACUCAGUGCACAGGGGUACACUGAGCUAUUAAUUGGAUUGCCUCAUCUUAGUAAGUUAGUGUGGUUUGAUUUGAAUUGCCACGCACUAGGAAACAUGAAGAUGUCACCUCUUAGUCUGCACAGUUAUGAAGCCAGUAGAGUGUCAAUUGAUCAUCUAAUUAUCCUGGUACACAUAUGUCCAUAUCUAACACAGGUCAGUCUUCAUUGGGUUGAAGCUGAUCUUUCAGUUCUUGGAGCACUGAAGCAUCUACAGGAAGUAAAACUUGCACAAUGUAGUGCAGUCAACAGCAAUCUCAAAGGUUUAUUAGAAAUAAUAGGUUAUAAUAUCAUAUCACUGGAGCUGCAUGAGUUGAGAGAUGUGGAUUUGCUUAUGAUUGGUGCUUUGUGUGUAAAUCUUAAAAAAAUGAGUUUGGUUUGUGACCUACAGUCUGUUGAAGAAUCAUUUUUGGGAAUAAAAACACCUCUCUUCAAAGAACUGAAAGAUCUAAAAUUUGGUUCAGAAUAUUCUGAAUGUUUGUUCUUUAAUUGCACCAAUAUUAGGAAACUGGAGAUAUCCAGAUGUCAAAAUUUCAAUGAUAAUGUGGUGGCAACGUUAUUAACAAAGAACCCUCUAAAACAGCUGCAGGUACUAUCAAUAGCUCACAGUGGUCAAUUGAGCAUGAAGACUGUACAUCUGCUAUUGGAAUCUUGUGAUAAUCUUAGAGUGCUAGAGGGUUUAGAUAGUUGGGGUGGUGUUUCCAAGUUACAGGUUAUGGAACUUUGCAUGGAAAUGAAGAGAAAGAACAUGGACAUUGAAAUACUGUGGAAGAAACCACUCCAUAUUAGUUGGUAACACUGCUUAGGUUGGUAGUUUUGUUUUAAAGGAAAGGCAAACUAGUCCCUUGUUUGCCCUCCAUGUAAAAAAUGUUAUAUUUACUGGAGUAAUUGCACAUAUCCAUCACAGCAGUGGCCUGUGUGAUGUAUAGGUUGUAACAAAAGUUCAUUUUGAUAGAGAAUAAGAUGCUAACAGAGUUAAACAGCAGAUUAUUUCAAUUUUACAUUAAUAAUGAUCAAAAUUAAAGCUCAGUUUGCAAUAAUUUUGUAUUGCAGUUGUAUUAAGACAAUUACAAAUUAUAGUAUAUGUGAGAUAGUGAACAGUGAAGAUGUCUGUUGUUACUUUUAGGUUAUGAUGCCAUGAACUGUAAUUGUCACUGACACAUUUCCAUUUGGACUGUAAAGUAUAGGUUACAUUCUUUUAGUAUUUACACAAUACUGUUUUUUAAUGAGUUGUAAUUUAUUCUUUUAAUUGCUGGACACUUUUUAGGUCUUCACUUGUAUAUGAUAAACUUCAGAUGGUGUCACAUUUGGGCUUUGUAAUGAAAAAUUUAUCAGAAACAGAGUGUCUUUAGGAGCUGCUGGAGCUAAACCCCACUUUAUUUUCAGAAAUAACUUCUGAAGUUUUCUUCUACGAGCAUCUCAGGGAUAAGCCUUCUACCAUCACAGAAUUCUGUCAAUACAGAAAGGCCUUAGAUUUAAAUGUAAUUUUUUCCUAUAUGUGGCUGGACCAGGUUAGUUAGAGUGAGGUAAACAUUUAAAAUCUAAACAUUAAAAUAUGUAACAAAGAAUUAAGUUGGGGAUUAUAUUUAGGGACAGGUUAAUGUUAGUAAUUAAAACUAAUUGAUAUCUCUGACAAGAUAAUGAUAGGUGAGUCAACUUAAACUGCCAGCCCCAACAUACUUAUAAUCCAUGACCUGCCACAAAAUUUCAGCAUAUGCAUCUACAUUCACUUCUAAUCACUGUAUCACUGAACAACUGAAAUGUGGAGCUUAGCCAUCUUGAAAAGUUCAGCUUUAAUGUAACAUACAAAGACAUGACUUCUGAUGGAAUCCUGCAAAAAAAAUCCCCCUCCCCCCAAUAUGUUAUUCAGUUAUUCUUUUGUUAAUAAAUUUUGUCCAGUUAGGCUCCAUCUGUGACUUGUGCUUUUGAACCUGGGAUAAUCCUAUGAAUGUACAUCUUCCACCUAAUGCAGGUUCUUUUUUUAGCUCUGUUAAUAAUAUUUGUGAUGAUUUUGUAUUACAUUUAAAGACAAGACUAGUCACUGCAUGAAAGUUAAAAAAGUACAUUAUCAGCUUAUUAAUCUGUAUUCUUACUGUCCACUCACAGAAUGUCACUGUUGAAUAAAAGUCACUUUUAUGAAUCUCCA